AUGUCACUGCCAUGCGGUGUUACCAUACUGGAAGCUAAGGAAGCGCCUCUGUGGCUUGCAUCAUGCUCGCAAAAGACCACCACGAACGGAGUCUUGCAACCGGCACUGACACGUCCCGGCGAAUUCCUACGCGGCCUCGUUGCUUCCAAACAGCGGCGUGGUUGCCACUACUGUAUCGGCGCCGACAAAGGAGCGACGUCGGGUCGUCGGGUUGGUCUCACUGAGAAGAAGCCGACGCCAGGCCACCUCUCUUUGGCACCAAGCAAAUUCUCCACGCACUUCAAGCUAGCAUUGUGUGAAGGCGUUAAACAGGGCAAGUCGCUAGGACAACCAUACGACAAUCAGCAGAAGCGGGCCGGAAGUGGUCCGCCAUUUUAUUACUUCGGCAACCAAGUGAAGUGA